UGAACCUGUUUCUAAACACCAAUGGAAGGCAAAGCUUUGACUCCUUUUGAACAGGACCUUCACUGCCAUUGACGCCCAGCCAUGCUGUAAAUAAAGACCAAAUCAGAAUUCUCUGUAUCUUUCUGCACCAAGGGACAACAUUUCUGACCAACAUGGCUGGCUUAAUCUCAAAGAGACUCACCUCUAGGCUUCUAAAACCCUAUCAUUCUGCUUCAGUUAUCUCAUCUUCCACCUUCUUCAUCUACCAAAACCCUAAUCCUAAUCCUAACCCCUUUUUCGAUUUGUCCCCUCAAGAUCUGAAUUCCAAGUUCUCAAAACAAAACCCAUUGAACCCAGAACCCAUUUGUGGAUUUCAAACAUCACAAGACCUUAAACCGACAAAUUUCAAGCUUCAUUCAAGCAAAUUCUACUCUACUUUCAGUACCCAAUUCAAAAAGCCUAGUCCCUUCGCCCAGCUCUCCCAUCAAAACCCCUUAAUCCCAAAAUCCAUUUCUGGGUUUCAAGAUUUACAGAACCCUAAACCCUCAAAUUUUGAUCUUCUUUUCACUAGAUCAUACACUAGUUCCAGUACCAAAGUUGGAAACCCUUACCCUAAUUGGGCAUCAGAUGCAAAACCCAAAUACUUCUCAACAUCUGAUCCAUCUCCUGACUCUGAUAAACCCCAAAACCGUGAAUUCAAGCACCAAGAAAUAGAAGGACCAACUGUAGAACGUGACACCUCAGCUUUGGCCAAUGAGACCAGAGAAGUUCUAGGACUGCAAAUGAAGACCAUCCAUAGCCUGAGCACUGCGCUUGCUCUUCUGGGUCUGGUUCAGCUCGCUUUGGGAGCUUGGAUUUCAUACAUUACUCGGGCCUCGCCGAUGCCAGAGGUUACAAUCCAGAGCAUAGUUGCAUUUGGGUUCCCGUUUUCGAUGGCAUUCAUGUUGCGGAGAUCGUUGAAGGUGAUGGACUUCUUCAGGAAAAUGGAGGAUCUGGGUAGGUUGCAGAUUUUGACUCUGACCCUUCAGAUUGCAAAGAAUGUGAAUCUUUUCUUUGUUCGGGUUCGUGGGGUUUCAAUCUUGUGUGUUGCUGGUUUAUCAGUUGGAUUACUAUAUGCUGUUCUGUUGAGAUGACUCUGCUUUGAUUUCAAUUGAUUAGCAACAGGGUAAUACAUCCUUCCUGAGAAAUUUCAUAUAAUUGUUCUGUUUUCUAGUAUGAAUAAGAAAAUAUAUCAGAAACUUUUGGUGGAUAUUCUUCUUCCAAUCUUUAUAAUGCUCCAUUUUGUAGCUCUGAAGCAAGUAGUAUCACUUAAAACUAUGAAACUCCUUUGCUAGACAAA